GUCUCCGGGAGUGGGCUGUUUUUGCGCGCGCUAGGCCGGCGACGCGGCAGGUUCCGGACGUCCAUCUGUCCGUCGGUCCAAAGAGACUGUUCAGACCCGCAAUCUCGGGAUGGGGCGGGCUGUGCUGCUGUUCCUGCCGUGGCUCUUCCUCUCCGCGCUCUGGACACGAGCUAUUGCUGAGAUGAAGGAAGGAACCAGCCCCAACCUGCUGUUCUCUGGUUCUCUCCCAGGAAGCUUACAGGUUGACCACACGCCAUUUUUCUUUCCUCACACUGGUCGCUACCAGCCCACCGCUGUGUCUCCACCCAUCCAGCCUGGAACACCAAUCCCUGGAAAUGUAGCCUUUCCCAGGGUGACCUCCGCCAGGUCCAAGCUCCUACCGCCUCUUGCAUUUAAUCAUACGGUUGGCCAUAUAAUACUUUCUGAACACAAAGAUGUCAAGUUUAAUUGCUCCAUCAACAUACCUAACAUCUACCAGGACAGUGCAACUAUUUCUUGGUGGAAAGAUGGGAAGGAAUUGUUGGGGGUCCAUCAUGCAAUUACUCAGUUUUAUCCGGAUAAUGAAGUUACAGCAGUCAUCGCUUCCUUCAGCAUAACCAGUGUGCAGCGUUCAGACAAUGGGUCGUACAUCUGUAAGAUGAAAAUAAACAGUGAAGAGAUCGUGUCUGACCCCAUCUACGUCGAGGUUCAAGGACUUCCUUACUUUACGAGGCACCCCGAGAGCAUGAAUGUCACCAGAAACACAGCCUUCAACCUCACCUGUCAGGCUGUGGGUCCACCCGAGCCCGUCAGCAUUUACUGGGUUCAGAACAGCAGCCGUGUUAAUGAACUUCCAGAAAGAUCCCCCUCUGUUCUGACUGUUCCUGGUCUGACCAAGACCACAAUCUUCAGUUGUGAGGCCCACAAUCAAAAAGGGCUGACCGUAUCCAAAAGCGUGCAGAUCAACAUCAAAGCAAUUCCCUCCCCACCUACUGAAGUCAGGGUCCACAACAGCUCCGCACACAGCCUGCUCAUCUCCUGGGUCCCGGGUUUUGACGGCUACUCCCCGCUGAGCGAUUGCAGAAUUCAGGUCAAGGAAGUUGAGCCGCUGAGUCAUGGCUCAGUCAGGACUUUUAACACCUCCGGUUCAGCACAUCUGUAUCAAAUUGAGCAGCUGGAGGCUCUGGAGAAUUACAGCAUUGGCGUGUCCUGCAUGAAUGAAGUCGGCUGGUCUGCAAUAAGCCCUUGGAUUCUGGCCAGCACAACCGAAGGAGCCCCAUCAGUAGCACCUCUGAACGUCACCAUGUUCCUGAAUGAGUCCAGCAACAAGGUGGCCAUUAGGUGGAUCAAGCCUCCCAUUAAGCGGCAGGACGGGGAUCUCGUGGGCUAUCACAUCUCUCAUGUGUGGCAGAGUGCGGAGACAUCCAAAGAGCUCUUGGAAGAAGUUGGCCAGAACCGCAGCCUUGCUCAGCUUUCUGUUCAAGCGCACAAUGCCACAUGUACCGUGAGGAUUGCUGCCGUCACCAAAGGGGGUGUGGGGCCCUUCAGUGACCCGGUUAAGAUCUUCAUCCCUGCACGCGGUUCAAUAGACUUUGCUCCCUCAUCUACCCCAGCACCUGGCAACACAGAUCCUGUGCUCAUAAUCCUUGGCUGCAUUUGUGGAUUUGUUUUGAUUGGGUUGGUUUUAUACAUUUCUCUGGCCAUCAGGAAAAGAAUCCAGGAUACAAAGUUUGGGAGCGCCUUCACAGAGGAGGAUUCUGAAUUGGUCAUCAGCUACAUGGCAAAGCAGUCCUUCUGCCGGCGAGCCAUCGAACUCACCUUACAGAGCUUGGGAGUCAGUGAGGAGCUGCAGAAUAAACUAGAGGAUGUCGUGAUUGACAGGAGCCUUCUUAUUCUUGGCAAAAUUCUGGGUGAAGGAGAGUUUGGGUCUGUCAUGGAAGGAAAUCUUAAUCAGGAAGAUGGGACCUCUCAGAAGGUGGCUGUGAAAACCAUGAAGUUGGACAACUUUUCGCAGCGAGAGAUUGAGGAAUUUCUCAGUGAGGCCGCGUGCAUGAAAGACUUCAACCAUCCGAACGUCAUUCGGCUCCUAGGCGUAUGUAUAGAAAUGAGCCCUCAGGGCAUCCCCAGGCCCAUGGUGAUUUUACCCUUCAUGAAAUACGGGGAUCUGCACACCUACCUCCUCUAUUCCCGACUGGAGACAGGACCGAAGCAUAUCCCCCUGCAGACCCUGCUGAAGUUCAUGGUGGACAUUGCCCAGGGAAUGGAGUAUCUGAGCAACAGGAACUUUCUUCACCGGGAUUUAGCUGCUCGGAACUGCAUGUUGCGAGAUGACAUGACUGUCUGCGUGGCGGACUUUGGCCUCUCUAAGAAGAUCUACAGCGGUGAUUACUACCGCCAGGGCCGCAUCGCGAAGAUGCCUGUGAAAUGGAUCGCCAUAGAGAGUCUCGCAGACCGAGUCUACACCAGUAAAAGUGAUGUGUGGGCCUUUGGCGUGACCAUGUGGGAAAUAGCCACACGAGGAAUGACCCCCUACCCCGGAGUCCAGAACCACGAGAUAUAUGACUAUCUUUUCCACGGCCACCGGCUGAAGCAGCCCGAGGAUUGCCUGGAUGAAUUGUAUGAAAUCAUGCACUCGUGCUGGAGAGCUGAGCCCCUGGACCGCCCCACCUUUUCAGUGCUGAGACUGCAGCUAGAAAAGCUCUUGGAGAGUCUGCCUGUGGCUGGGGACAAAGCUGAUGUCAUUUAUGUCAACACACAGCUUCCAGAGAGCGGAGAGGGCCGGGCCCAGGGCUCGGCACUGACUCAGCUGGACUUGAGCAUCGAUCCCAACUCCAUCAUUGCUUCCUGCAUGCCCAGCGCCACCAUCAGCGUGGUCACAGCAGAAGUUCAUGAGCACAGACCUCAGGAGGGACGGUACAUCCUGAAUGGGGGCAAUGAAGGAUGGGAAGAGCCAGCUAUGGCUUCCCCCACCACAGGAACAGCGGAAAAGAACCGGGUUCUACCGGAGGACACACUGGUGAGGAAUGGGGUCUCUUGGUCCCAGUCCAGCACGUUGCCCUUGGGGACCUCAGGGCCGGAUGAACUUUUAUUUGCUGAUGACUCCUCGGAAGGCUCAGAACUCCUCAUGUGAGGAGAGCUGAGAUACUACUCCCAAACCCUGGAAGUUCCUACUUUGAAGACCCUUGGUUUUUUUUUUUUGUAUUUGCCUUCCUUAACAAGUAAGUGCCCCAGCUGGAAAGCACCAUGUGAAUGCUGUCAAGUAAGUCAUCAUUGUUUAAAGUACAUAAUAUAUAUUUAUUUAAAGAGAUAGUAUCUAUAUGUAUAUGGUGGAAAGAGACAAAGAUAUUCUAUUUUAAUAAAAGAUGACUUGUAUCAUGUCACUUUUCUAGCAGAUAGUAACAUUUAAGCCCUAACAGCCUCAUCUCUAUGGCAGUUCCUGGAUGUUAACAUUGGCACAAAUUUUUUUUUUUUUUUAAGUUUUUUGUCUUUUUCAUGACUAUUAAAUAUUUGUAAAAUGAAAUACCCUAUUUGCCGUUGCUCCUGGUCUUAAGAAAAAUCUUG